AUGAAGAGCUCUUUCCUCUGGCUUGUCCUGCUGUUGCAGGCGGCCGCGGUGUUCUGUUCCGAUGCGCAACAAAAGGUCAUCAAUACCGAGAACGACGAAGCCGGAAAGGAGAGACAUGCAAAGAUCCAGACGGACGUAGUUCCUGAGCAAGAUGCACCACCCCCAAGACAGCCAGGGGCCGACUUGGUCGACUUGGCCAUACAGCAGCUCGAGAAGCUCCCAUCACGACACUAUCCGAGACGCGAACGCCGAUACACUCUCGUAUGGACUACGUUCAAAUACGCACUGAAGGUCUUCCCGAGCCUAGAGGCAGCUGGCGUGCCGGGAAGCAACCAAGCACGCGAAACGAAGGUCAGCGGGCCGCUUCUGGAGGCUGUCAAGCUUCUGGAGCAGUCCGCUCUGCAAAACAACACCGAUGCGCUUUAUCUCCUCGCCGACAUGAACUUCUACGGCAACUGGACUCACCCGAGAGACCUGAAGGUUGCUUUCGGCCACUACCAGACCCUCGCCACGCUCCACGGAAACCGCACAGCCCAGUACAUGAUUGGCCUCUACUACGCAACAGGAAUUGGCAACGUCGUGGUUCCCGACCAGGCUAAGGCACUGCUCUACUACACCUUUGCAGCAAUUCAGGGAGACACACGCGCGGAGAUGGCUGUAGGCUACCGACACCACAGCGGCGUUGCCACGCCGAAGAACUGUGAGAUUGCAAGCAAGUACUACAAGAAGGUUGCCGACGAAGCCAUGGUAUGGUACAGAUCGGGUCCUCCGGGCGGCAUGGCCUGGGUUGUUGAGUCGUACCGCAUUGCAGACGAACUUGGUGGAGUGUAUGGCGAAGGUGCCAGUGCCUCGAGCGCCGGCAUGAACGCUAUCAAGGUCAGCCCUAACUCAGACGCCAAUGCCGCCAUUGACGACGUUAUCGAAUACCUCGACCUCAUGUCCCAGAAGGGCGAUGCGAAAGCGUCUUACAACUUGGGGCGUAUUUACUACGAUGGCCAGAGAGGGCUCGACAGAGAUCUUGACCUGGCUCGCAAGUACUUCUUCACCGUCGCUAAACGAUACUGGAGAAAGGACGGGCGCAUCAUCGAAAACCAUAAGCAGGGAAUCGAAAAGACAGCCAGCAAGGCCGCCGGCUUCAUCGGCCGUAUGUACCUGAGAGGCGAUGGAGUCGAUCAGAGCUUCGACCAAGCGAAGAGAUGGUUCGAGCGUGGCAUCUCCCAUGGAGACGCCCAGUCGCAGCAUGGCCUUGGUCUGAUGAACCUGCAUGGAUACGGAACGCCGAAAAACAUUGCUAUGGCUACUGACCUCUUCAAGGCUGCGGCGGACCAGGAUUACGCACCUUCGCAGAUUGAGUUGGGUGUACUUUACCUUGACCAGGGCGGACCGGAAGACGUCCGAAUUGCCAACAACUAUUUCGAGUUGGCAGCCAGGUACGGUCAGAUUGAGGCACACUACUAUCUCGCAGAGAUGGUGUACCACGGAGUCGGCCGAGACAAGACUUGCUCCAUGGCUUUGGGAUACUACAAGAAUGUUGCCGAGAAGGCCGAGCCUUUGGUGUCCUCCUGGGCAGAAGCAAAUCAGGCCUACUACUACGGCGAUGUUGAGCUUGCGUUCUUGGAGUACGUCAUGGCAGCUGAACAGGGCUACGAAAGAGCCCAGAACAAUGUCGCCUUCAUCCUCGACCCGCUCAAGUCGAGCUUGCAGCUGUCCGAAAAUUUGCCACUACCCAAGGGGCUUGGCGUCAACAACAAUCGCCCAGAGUUGUUGAACAACCCCACGCUUGCCCUGAUGUACUGGACUAGAUCCUCACGACAGGCCAAUGUGGACUCCCAAGUAAAGAUGGGAGACUACUACUUUUACGGCAUCGGUGCCGAGCACGACGUCAACAAGGCUGUUCAGUGCUACACUGGUGCUUCGGACUACUCCCAGAGCGCGCAGGCCCUCUGGAACCUGGGCUGGAUGCACGAGAACGGCAUUGGCUUGACACAGGACUUCCACCUGGCCAAGAGAUACUACGAUCAAGCCCUCGAGGUAAACGAGGAGGCGUAUCUCCCAGUCACCCUGAGUCUGCUCAAACUGCGCAUCAGGAGCGCGUGGAACACCUUCACUCACGGGCCUAUUCACUCUAUCCAAGAUGAUCCCAAACCAAAGAAGGAUUGGUCCCUUGGCGAGUGGAUUGCCAACUUUCUCCAAGACGACCAGUUCUACGAUGACCCAUAUUAUGAGGACAUUUUUGACGAUACGAUCGGAGGAGGCCCCGAAGGUAGCCCUCUUGAAGACGACGGUAUCGCGGAGAGCCUCAUCAUCGUGUUUCUAGCACUGUCGCUUGUCCUGCUGCUGUACUAUCGCCAACAGCGUCAGCAGCAACACCGACGGGAAGAGGAAGCCAGACGACGUCAAGAACAGCAGAACCAGCAGGGCCAACCGGCACCCGCGCCCGCUCCGGCAGCACAACAGGAUCAAGGCCUCUUUCCGCAGCCGGGAAACCCGGAAUGGAACAACUGGGUCGCGGGAGGCAUUGGUCACUGA